AUGCACGCUGAAGGGAAAGGGCGUCUCAUCGUUUUCCUCGUGGCGUAUGGCUGCUUCCUUUUUGCAUUGUCGGCAAAACUAAAAAAAUCUGGCGGGUUGAUCCUCAUUUAUUUGGGGACAAUCUUGUCACAAACAAAAAAAUACCUAACAAAAAUCUGGCGGGUUGAUCUUCACUUAUUUGGGGAAAAUCUUGUCACCAAGGAAGAAAUACACAUAAUUAGUGAGAAGAAUGCAGUCGGGAAAGAGGAAGACAUGGGCGAGGCAAAGGUGGAGGCAAAGGCAAAGGCAGUCGGGAACGGAGCAGCAGCAGCAGCAGCAGCAGCAGCAGCAGCGAAAGCGAACAACACCACCAUCAACGACACGAGCAUCGACCACACAAGCAACAACCAGACAAUCAACAACCACACGAGCACCAACGACACCAGCGCCAACCACACAAGCGCCAACCACACAAACAACAACCACACAAGCACCAACCACACAAGCGCCAACGACACAAGCGCCAACCACACAAACAACAACCACACAAGCACCCACGACACCAGCACCAACGACACAAGCACCAACGACACCAGCACCAACGACACAAGCGCCAACGACGGUUCCUCCUGCUACAACGGCGGCUACCGGAGUACCAACAACAUAUAUUUAAACGUGAAAGGCAACCCGAUCAGCUCUGGAUCUGUGCUGCUUGAUGCGAAUGGCAGAAAUCAAGACGUCACCGUAGCGUAUCGAUGCGGGUCAAACUUCUACGAUGCAACUUGUUCUAAGGAACUUCACAAUCUCCCCAACAAUCCUUGGAAACCGAACCUAUUGUCCUGCAACCUUCACGACCACAAGUCCAAACCAACAAUCGAAUUGGACACUGCCAAUCAAUUCCGGGGGCCUCGCGACGAUCAGCGGAUAAUAAUUGGCAGUAAUCCAACCAUGCAAGAUGUCAAAAAUUAUCUCAACUCCACGGAAAUAUUGGGCGAGUUAUCUCGCAAAGGUGCGUCUGUUCCGUGGUAUGCGCUUUACAUUCUAUUGGCCGAGUCCGCGAACCCGCAGCAAUUCGACGCUUCCGGCUCGCCAUUCUACAAAACAAACAUCACCGGUUACCUGCUGAAUUCCCCGGGAAUAGGUCUGUAUCAAAUCAGCACUGAGAGAUUCGGCAUCAACUUGACCUGCCAGCACGUGUGGAGCUGGAAGCAGAAUACGAAAGCAGCAGUGAAUGUCAUGCUGAGCCACGAGCUAUUGGCCCUAAAUGAGGCGUAUUUCGGUCGAUGCAAUUCGCAAAAAAUGUGCGGAGGGUCGCCUCCGCCAAAAACUGUCCAGAUCCCGACGACGAGCGAAGGCUGUAACGCCAAUAGGACAUCCUGCGGUUGCACAUUUGUCGACACGAACUUUCAGAGACCGAAUGCCAAUAAUGGGUCGAGGAAUCAGUUUCCGAUUGAAGAUGCCUUUGCAAUGAAGCUGUACCAUGACAAGACUGUCCCGUACUACCGAUGGAUCAAUGGAACGGCGGCUUAUCCCAACGGGGCCUGGAAUUACACCCCUUGCAAUCUUAUCACUUCCGUGAAUCUCGUGGAUCAACAAUCAGACUUCCCGAAUGGGAAGAGCAAAAUUCUACUUACCAAUUUCUUCUAG